AUGGCUGAAGACGCUGUCCUUGUGCAGGACGGCCUAUUGAAGUCCACGGCCGACAGGAGAGCGCUGUCACCGGCCCCCCUUACCUCCAUCCCUCCUAACUUGACAUCACCUGGCAUUUCGAUCGAGUUUCAUGGCGACCCGGGCACCGAGGAGAAGCCUGUUCUGAUCCAUCCGCGUUCGGCCCCUCCAGGCAUGCAGAGCUUCCCAAGUCCCAUGAGGCAUCAUAAGAGGACGCCCUCAGCCCAUCGGGAGAUCAAGGAAACACUCAAUGCCCGCUCACAAUACAUGGAGGACGAGAAUGAGGGGCGCCAACAGUUCCGCAUCAAUCAGUACCUCAUCAAGGAGGAAAUUGGCCAUGGCACAUUCGGCUCUGUUCAUCUUGCUGUUGACCAAUUCGGAACUGAAUACGCCGUUAAGGAAUUCUCAAAGACGAGGUUGAGGAAGCGUGCCCAGUCCAACAUCCUUCGCCAUGGUCCAAGGCGGGCUGGGCGCUUACCUCCGCGAGCUGGCUUCGGCGCCCCUGACUUUCCUAAUCGUGAGCUGUUCGACCAGAAAGUCAAGGAGGAGCAAGAUGCGCUCUACCUCAUUCGUCAUGAAGUAGCCAUCAUGAAGAAGCUGAACCAUCCCAAUCUUGUGCAGUUGAUUGAGGUGCUUGAUGACCCCUUAGAGGAUUCGCUUUACAUGGUCAUGGAGAUGUGCAAGAAGGGCGUCGUCAUGCGUGUCGAUCUCGGAAAGACGGCAAGCCCAUUCCCGGAGGAGCAGUGCCGCCACUGGUUCCGGGACCUGAUCCUAGGUAUCGAAUAUUUGCAUUCCCAGGGCGUCGUUCACCGCGACAUAAAGCCGGACAAUCUCCUGCUCAGCGAGGACGAUGUCUUAAAGAUUGCCGACUUUGGAGUAUCUGAAAUGUUCGAGAAGAGCACCGAGAUGAGGACAGCCAAGUCAGCAGGGUCACCAGCAUUCCUUCCUCCUGAGCUGUGCGGUCCGGCUCAUGGCGAAGUGUCCGGCAAAGCUGCCGAUAUCUGGUCUAUGGGUGUUUCCUUGUACUGCUUCCGUUACGGAAGGCUGCCUUUCGAAUCGGAGAGCCUAAUUGAGAUCCGCGAGGCUAUCCGCACUCAACCCCUCUCUUUGCCUGCGGAUGAGAACCCCGACUUUGUCGACCUGAUGAAGAAGAUCCUCGAGAAAGAUCCCGAUAAGAGAAUCACCAUGGAGGAACUUAGAGAACAUCCGUGGGUGACGAAAAGGGGCACAGACCCUUUACUUAGUACCGAGGAGAACUGCUCCGACCCCGUCGAGCCCAACCCUCUCGAAGUUAACCGCGCUUUUACGCAGCGAAUGAGCCAUUUGAUUUGUGUUUUGAAAGCCAUCCGUCGAUUCAAGAAGCUCCUCGCCCAAGCCAGAGCGCGCAAAGCCUCUCGAGCCAGCUUCUCGGGUACCGCCUGCUCAUCAUCCCCAGACUCUACCCAGCACACUGUUGAAGACACGGCCGACAUCGCCGCCAAGGUCGUCCGUGAACGUCAAGAGCUCAUCCGUCGAAGCACCCAGACCGCUGGUAUCCCCGUUACCAGGCCCAGCGUUGACCUGCUCCUGCCGCUGAUCCAGCCUCCUUUGUCCAAUGCUCCCACUGACAAGCCAUAUACCGCCCCGUUGCUUGGCAUUGGUGUUGGGGGACAUGACGAGUUCUCGGGGGAUGACCCGACUGCAUUCAACGUUGUAUCGGACUCUCCGGGAGUUGUGGAUUUUAAUGUAUAUGAUUUGGCGUUCAAGCAGGAGAUGGAACGCAUUCGGCGGUCGGGGAGUCGCAAGGGACGGGCACCGUGGAUUACUAGGCCCGGUGAGGGAUUGAGGGGGCGGGCGAGUGAGAGGGUUCAGGAGGAAGCUGCCGAGGACGGCGAUGGUGAGAAGCAAACAGAGGGGGGACAAGAUGGAGUAGGAGAGAAAACGGGAGAAAAUAAGUGA